AUGAAUUGUGGUGGCGUCAAUUUUCCUCUCGAUGGAACCAUCCAUCCGCCUGCACGGAGCAGCGAUGCUGAACAGACGGGCAUCUGUCAGUCGCCGCCACCCCGUGAAGGGAAGGAUGACACAAAGUCUGGUGGGACAACUGCGCCGCAAGUUAAUGCUGAGCCGUCACGUCAAAACGAGGAUUGGCGACAGUCUGCGGCGGCUGACGGACCGAACACCGUCGAUCCGAGUCCCGCAUCCAACACGGCGACCAACACGUCCGAGACGAGGCCUGAGUUUGCCGCCAAUCCGAACGAAAUGAUGGUCCCGAAUGCAUCCAAGAAGAGGCCUUCCUUUGCCAACGGUCCGAGAAUAUUAGUGGCGCUGAAUGCAUCCGGGAUCAUGUCUGUCACUUAUGGCGGCAGGGAACACGUUGCUGCGGAUAACACGGACGAGGUGAGUGAGCGCAACGCCACUGGACACAAAACUCCUUUCUUUAGUAAAUGGCGUUGCAGGCAGUGGAUUUGUUGCUGA